AUGGCAAGCUGCGAAACGUCAGAAUGGCCAGAAUUAGACAUAAAUACGGAGAUUCAAAAGACAAACUAUCGGCUAAUGCCAUGGGUAAAUAAAUGGCUAAGGUACAAUGACACAAAACUAUGCAAAUGCUGCGCAUGUCAACUCAUGGACAAUGAAACCCAAAAGAUAACGGAUAAAGAUACUAAAACUAACAAUAAUCAUAAUGAUGCAAACAACAAGUCGAUGCGUGAUUGGGUAGAGGUUUCAACAAGUACACUGCGAACAAAAUCUACAGUUCAACCGGGAUAUCACGAACGUACAGUAGUACACUCUCCAGUAACGAAGGAUCUAACCACAUCUUGCAGGUUAAAAAACAAAUAUCAAAACACAUUGAAAUGGAUAUGUCGUACAAUACGACAUCUAGACGCAUUAGAACGACAGUCUUUUGGUCAAGAAUUUAGGAGAAAACAAUUGCAACAACUAAGGACCAUAGACCAGGACCACAUAGAGGCCAAUAGUGAUAUAAAAUCGACAGUUGAAGAUACUUUGCGACAAUGGAUAACAUUCGAUACACAGUUAAGGAGAGUAUACGCAGAAAUAUCAAGAACGUACAAAAGAUUAAUACGGAUGGAACUACACCUGAAUCUGUUGCGUACAAACUCACUACUGAUGAUGGAAGACGAAAUACAAUCCUCUAACAACGUAAACAUACAAAAAGCAACUGGAUAUGAACAUAUUGUGGAAUCCGAACGAUAUGGCAAAUUGGUAUCUAUUUGGUCAUCAAAACUAGCUGCGUUACGUGACAGGAACCUAAAUGAAUUCAGACAAUAUGUCAUAUCAGCAGUCGCAGAUCUUAGACUCAUGCCAGUACCAAGGGCAGUUACAUUCGUUGAAAACGAUGAGGAAGAAAACAGCUUAGUAAUAAGCGAUGAAGAAGACGAUGAUAUCACACGACCAUACAACGCUACAGCAUCAUUCGAAAUAGAUGUAGAGGAUAACACAGAGACGGAGCAUCGUGAUAAUGAAGAAUCCACUUCAAAACACUCAAUUGAACUACCACAAUUCAAUCAACCAACCAUCUCCAUAGAAGGGGUACCCGAGUAUACACUAGAUACAGCAGAUGUUAACGCGGACUGCUACGAUUACGAAUGUACAGCCCAUUAUAAUGAAAUAUAUGAAGAUGCAAUGAAAUUGGUAACGGAUUACUGUCAAGAUCGAGGAAUUAAUGAGGAAAAUCCAGUAGAAUAUGUUAAUAGAGUCAGGACACUCAAUAACCGGCUACUACCGCACAUACUAAAAGUAUCAAAUAGUAUACCAAUACACAGCAACGAAUACCUCAAUCAAUCGAUAAACUGCAUAACAGAAUCGGAUACUACUCUUACAACUGAAAACUUAAGGAUAUCACGUAGUAGCUCGAUACAUUGGGGGUCGAUAGACACUGAGGCCAAACGUGAACUACCCACACAACAUAAUGGAUACCUUGUAACAACAGGAGGUACAACCCACAAAUCGUCAGCUAGAAAUGGCAUUAACACAAAUGUGGAAUGCAAUCUACCAACAUGGGCCUUACACAAUGGAUACGUUGAGUUAUUACGGAGAACUAAUCUUACCGUUGUUAACGCAUUAAGGUGUAUGCCCAACUCAUCGUAUCGGUACCGUAAACUUGUAUGCCUCAGCCGAGGGAAUAUAGCCGACUUGUUCCGUAAUAGGACAGGAGUUGGGGAAAUUGAAACUGUAGACGUCGGGUCACUCCUUACAACAGAUAGUCCUGAUAAAACAAGUGCUCGCAAUGUUAAAGCUGUAGCACCAUCACUAUGUGGCCCACAAACCGUAUUGAGGGCACUGUUAACUGAGGACCUAGCAAGCUACGAAAUAGACAAAAUCAUACAAUGCUGGUUCCCACCGUUGUCGCUACAACAUUCGACUACAAACUCAGGAAUAGAUUUAGAAUCAGAAGAAUUAAUGGAGGAUGAUAUUGAUGGAUACUCGUUCGCACUAGGGACUGAAGCUGACGAGCUGCAUAUAGGGGUUUGGCGUAGCAGGCUAGCUCAGUUCGAUGCACUUACAGGUAGGCAGAUAUCAAGGCUACUUCGAGAUCGCAAACUUGUGGAACCCAGGGUAAAAUAUGACUCUUCAGGAUAUCCUAAUAGCUCGGACUUUAUACCCUUAAGCACCAACUGUAAUUUCCGAAACCACAUACCAAUAAAAUAUACCAUGAAAACACAAAUGACACAUGGUGAAAGUCACUACGUAUGGAUGCAAUCUUUAUUUGGAGGCGACUUGGAUGAAGGUUCUAUACAAGAUGAUUAUUUUAUUCCGGAUACGACCGAAACCAAUUCCGAUGUAAUCACUAUCAUGUGUUCCAAUAACGCACCAAAUGCGGUAGUUAUACCGAUACACCGCGGAUCGAUAGAUAUCAGCCAGGGCUAUCGUACAAUCGCAGAAAUGUCAGACUGUGUAACCGACUAUGUAUUCCCACCGCUUUACGAGCAGCAUCGUUUUGCAUACGCGGAGACGAAUAAUGAUGGUAUAUGUAGUAAUAGUCAAUGUGAUAAACGUUACGAACCCGGACAUUACUGCAACGCAACAGUGGACACAACCAAAAUAGGAAAUGUAUUCAUAUCAAGACACAGUAGUCUAUAUCUCGGAAGCCAAUGGACAAGCCGUGUAGAUGAUUGGGAUCGAACAUCGGUUCCAGUGGUUUUCUAUCUGGUAUCUUGUGAAGGACCCGUUGCAACUGAUACUACCUCGGGAGAUCCGGAUAGUCCAGAAACUGUUUUAGAACAAUUGGAACGUAUGAGACCCGUACUUGCAGGGUUGGAUCAUAUUCUAAAUUUGUGUGUCUACUGGAAAGUAAAUACAUUAACAAUACCAGCUGCACUCAGCUGUUGUUUAAGCACGGACAAUCGACAACAAAUCGAUACUUCUAACGUAAAUGAAGAUGAUACAGCAUCGUUACGGGGUGACACAUAUAUGCGUUGUUUGGCCACGGCUACACAUCUCACAACCGGGUUAUGUCGAAAUCCCUUUCCACGAGCGGUUAACAUGAUAUUUCCAGAAGAGCUACAUGGUUCGGGUGUAGAAUCAGCAGUGGCUUCGAUAUUUGCCAACCGUUUAGGCACUUUUUAA